AAACUUUUCAUUGAUGAAUAUCCUAAUUUAAGAGGAACUUGAAAAUAGUUAAUAGUUCAGUAGUUAAUCAAUAAUAAAAUCACACUCCUACGUAUAUAAUUAAAUGCUAAAAAUAAAUAAUGGGUUGAAACCUUACCCUUUUUCUGCAAUUUUACUAAACUAAAAUAACGAUCCAGAAAAUUUAAUGAUAUCAGAACUAACAUUUCGAUCACUCUCUAAUGAUGUUGACUCUAAAUUAAUUUAAGAGUUUUAAAGUAGAAGACAUAUUAUAGAACCUCAUUAAAUAUAAAUUAAAUAAGCAUCUUCUUUUUAACUUAGUAAACAGAUGUGCUAAAUAUGCUUAAAUGAGCUUAAUAAUAUUAUAAUAAUAGAAUAAUGCAAUCACUAAUUUUGUUAGAAAUGUAUAACCUUAUAUUUAUACAAUAAAAUAAUAUCUGGUGAAGUAUAGAAGAUAACAUGUCCAUAAUUUGGUUGUUGUUCAGUUUUAAAUGAACUUUUGAUAAAAUAAAACAUAAAUUAAGAUGUUUACUAAAAAUAUUAGAGGUAAAAUAUAAUUAAAUAUUAAAGGUUCUUAUUAAUAAAAUAAUAUGAACAUGUUAUCAAUGGAAAAUGGUGUCCUAGAAUAGAUUGUUUUAAUUUUGUUUUUCAAUAAGGAUAAGAAAAAGUUUUAUAAUGUGUAUGUGGAUAAGAAUUUUGUUUUGAUUGUGGUAAUCCUACUCAUCCAAAUAAGACUUGUUAAGAAAGUGUUGAUUAAGUAUUUGCUUAAGCAUUACAAGAUUAUAAAAUAUAAAAAUGUCCUAAUUGUAAAACUAACAUACUUAAAAAUGGAGGUUGUAAUCAUAUGACAUGUACAAAAUGCCAUUAUGAUUUUUGUUGGUUAUGUGGAUGUAAGUAUUCAUCAAUACAUUAUGAUUGGAUGAAUCCAUUUAAUUGUCCUGGAGAAUAAUAUUAAGAAAGAGAUCCAUAUUCAUUUCCUAAAAUUUUAAUAUGCAUUAGGGCAAUAUUAAAAUUAAUUAUUUAUGUAUUACUCUCACCAAUCUUGGCUAUAGCAGGAAUAGGAAUGCUUGCUUAUGGACUUGGAUACUUAUUAUCUAAAAUUUGUCAUCUCUGUAAAUACCUUAAAAGAUGUUGCUAAAUUUUAUGUAAUUGA